AUGAAUUGCUCCAACCUCCAAGUCCUUAUCUUGGGUAGAAAUAAACUGGUCGGAAAGAUCCCAGAUGGGAUUGGUUCAUUGUCCAUGCUAACCCUCCUCUACCUUCACGAUAACAUUCUACAAGGCGGGAUUCCACUGUUCAUUGCAAAUCUUACAUUGCUCGACACAAUUUCUCUCGCCGAAUGUCAACUUGGUGGAAGCUUUCCGGAUGUAUUCCAACGGCUGACUAACCUGAGAAGGCUUACAUUGGCCGGAAACAACCUUACUGGUACCAUCCCACCUUCUCUCUAUAACUGUUCAUCUUUAGAACAAGUAUAUCUUGAUGAGAAUCAACUCACUGGUAGACUACCCCUAAACCUAAGUUCAAUAUUAAUGCCUCAUCUGACAACUCUUUCAGUGUCGCAAAAUCAUAUCCAAGGAAACUUCUUGGAUAUCCCUUCAACACUUCAGCUACUUGACUUAAGUUCUAACAGCUUUUGGGGGAAACUACCUUCCCUCUCAAAUGGUUCAUCUCUAAUAAUUUUGGCACUAUCAAAUAAUUAUUUUAUGGGUUCACUACGUAGUUUGGUGUGUUCCAAUGGUGUGAACAUAGCAGGAGUUCUUGAUUUGGGCAAUAAUCUUUUGUCAGGUGAUAUUCCAGAGUGUUGGGAGAAGUGGCCAAGUUUAUAUUAUUUAAGCUUGCAAAACAAUAAUUUGUCGGGUGAGUUUCCAAGAACGUUGGGUUCUGUAACUUCCUUGCAGUUACUGAACAUGUGUGGAAACAAGAUCUUAGGAAGAAUACCUUCUUACCUAAUGAAUUUGUCAAACUUAAAGAUCCUUCAACUUGGGAGAAAUGAACUUGUUGGAAGAAUUCCUACAUGGGUUGGAACAAAACUCACUCACUUGAGAAUUCUCAACCUUAGAUCAAACCACUUUUAUGGAAGUAUUCCUCCCCAACUAUGUUAG